AUGAGGAUAUCAGGACACCAGAAAACUGCUUAUACUUAUUAUAGAUUAAAGAAGACUGCUUUAGUUGUUACUGUUGCUGCUGCUGCUGCUGUUGUAGAUGUUAUCGCUGGCUGGCUCGGUAGUUAUACCGACGCCGCCGCCGCCGCUGCUGGUGGUUGUGGUACAAUAACUGCCCCAGUUGCUACUGCUGCUACUGCUCCAGAUGCUACUACUGUCCUAGAUCCUACAGCUGUCAUUGUUCCUGCAGCUGUUAUUGUUGUAGUUGAUGUUCUUGUGCUUAGUAAGGAAUACACUUAUAGAUUAAAGACUGCUUUAGUUGUUACUAUUGCUGCUGCUACUACUACUAUAGAAGAUAUUACUGCCGUCAUUCCUCCAGCAGCUGGUGUUGUUGUUGUUGUUCUUGUACUUAGUAAGGAAUACUCUUAUUAUAGAUUCAAGAAGUCUGCCUUAGUUGUUACUGUUGCUGCUGCUGUUGUAGAUGUUCUUGCUGUCGUUGUUCCUGCAGCUGGUGUUGUUGUUCUUGUACUUAGUAAGAAAUACUCUUAUUAUAGGUUAAAGAAGUCUGCCCUAGUUGUUACUGUUGUUGCUGCUGCUGUUGUAGAUGUUAUUGCUGUCGUUGCUCUUACUGCUGCUGCUGCUGCUGCUACUGUUCUAGAUGUUAUUGCUGUCGUUGUUCCUGCAGCUGUUAUUGUUGUUGUUGAUGAUGUUCUUGUACUUGAUAAGGAAUACACUUAUAGAUUAAAGACUGCUUUAGUUGUUACUAUUGCUGCUGCUACUGCUAUUGUAGAUGUUAUUGCUGUCGUUGUUCCUGCAGUUGAUUCAAGAAGCCUGCCUUAG